AUGAGUGCGUCUACCGCGCAUAGCUCCAGUAGCGGCAGUGGCAUCGGCGUCCACGCUGGCGACGCCCCUGCACCACCACCUCCGCCGCCACGUCAACAACCACCAGGCGUCGCCUCGGCCUCAUCACCAUCAAAGCAAACCUCGGCACCCUCGCCACCGCCGCCCAACAAGGCUAUGCCAGCCGACCAAGACCCUCCUUCGCGCCUCGGCUCCAGCUUCUGGUCAUCCUGGAUUUCUCCCUCUUCCUCUUCCGCCGUCGCCGCCUCCUCAGCCAUGGAGAAGCGCCACAGGCCCCGCCGCCCCACCUUUGAAGAGUUUCGCGCACAGGAGCCGCCGCAGGCUCGCCUCAUCCGCCUUCGCGGCCUCUUUGACACCUUGCUCGACGAGGACGACGAGUCGGCCCUCGCUGGCGGCAGGGCUCGCGAGGAAUGGAUGAAGUCGGCUCGCCGCGCUCGCUACGGCGCAGGCGGAAGCCUCGCUCGCGGCGCCCUCGCCCCCUCCGACAUCCGCAACUCGACGGUCGGAUUCGAGGACCUGCGUCAGCCUGAAAAGGCAGCCGCCAUCUCCGAGGCCGGAAGCUCAAAGGGCCAGCUGCUGCCGCCGCCACCACCGCCACCGCGCCAGUCGUACGCCAACGAGCUGCUCGCCCAGUGCCGCAAGUGCAGGGAAGAGGUCGAGAAGCAGCGGUCAAAACAUCAGGACGACGGCAGCGCGGGAAACGGAAGCGGAGGCGAGGGAUGGUCAUGGGGCCUCGGCGGCUGGCUGGGUGGGGAGAAGGAGGAACCUGCGUCGACCGCGGAAACCGCCAAGGCGACGGCCUCCGCCGCUCUCACCAAGGUCAAGAGCGCGCUGACAGGCGGGACGAGUGCAGCGGACAAGGAGCCAGCCUCGACCGCGAAAGCUUCGAGCGUCGACAGCUCAUCGUCGAUCCGCUCGUCGAUAUCCUCGCUCUUCGGUUCGGCGUCCGCCUCGUCCUCGUCCUCGUCAUCGACGGAAGAGCCUUCGCCGCCCGCUGACCUGGAGCACGAAGCGGGCUGGACCGGCUCCGGAGUGUGGGGCCUCUCGGCCGUCGGCCACAAGAAGCGCGAGGCGGAUCGGAAACGCGACGAGCAGAUCCGCAAGGGAAGGCCCGUCGAGGACGACGGCGGCGCUCGGCAGCGUCAGAUCGAGUGGGAGGGUUUCCUGGCCUACGCAGAGCAAAAGGAACGAGAACUCUACAACAUCUUUUCGGAGCUCGACAAAAACGGCGACAUGAAGCUCGACAUUGGCGAGAUCCGGACGGCGCUCGAUCGCGCAGGCAUCGACUUGCCGCAGCUUUCGCUCGACGACUUCAUCGCCAGCCUCACCUGCUCGCGCAACUCGCCCCGGAAACCCAACGAGAAGCCCUACGUCACGUUUCCAGAGUUCCGCGACUAUCUGCUUCUGCUGCCGCGGAAACCUUCGGUACCGGAGAUCUUUCGGUUCUACCAGGUCCGCAAAGCUUUCGGCCUCUUUGGCAUGGGCGGAAUCUUUGCCGAGCUCGGCGCUGGCUGGGGCAAGACUGAGCGCGGCGCCUCUGCCGUAAACGCCGACGGCGACGUCAGUCUGGCCGGAGAAGAGAUCAAGAAGCCGAGCCCGUCAGAAAAGGAGGCGAAGAAGGCCGAAAAGCGGCAGGGUGCGGCGGCGGCGGCGGCGGCGGCUGCCGCUGCUGCUGCCACCGCAGCAUCGACGGAUCCCAACAGCAGCGACGGCACUGCCGCAGCUACCGGCGAUGGCAACACCGACAAGACGUCUCCGCCCGGCGCUGCAGUUGUCGAUGACAAGGCUCGCGCCGCCGCCGCCCAAGCCGCCCAAGCCGCUGUCGCCGAGGCCGACGAAGACGAAGAUGAGGAGGAUCACGACAUGAUCCAUGGCUCUGUCGCCGUCAAAUUCCUGGUAGCCGGUGGCAUUGCCGGUGCCGUGUCGAGGACCGCCACUGCGCCGUUUGAUCGUCUCAAGAUCUACCUGAUGACCGUGUCGCGAUCCUCGCCCGCCACCGAGGCGUCCAAGCAGGUGAUCAAGGGCCAGGCGGGCGCCGCCGAGGGGUCGGCCAAGGCCGCAGGGCAGGGCCUGGGCCUCCUCCGUCAGGCCUUUAUCCAGCUCUACCACGACGGAGGCGGCAUGAAGGCCUUCUGGACCGGCAACGGCCUCAACUGCGUCAAGAUCUUUCCAGAAUCGGCGAUCAAGUUUCUCAGCUACGAGACGUCGAAGCGGGCCUUUGCCAAGUACGUCGACCACGUUUCGGACUCGCGCGACAUCUCCGGCAGUUCGCGCUUCCUGUCGGGUGGCAUCGGCGGUAUCACGAGCCAGCUCGCCAUCUACCCCAUUGAGACGCUCAAGACGCGGCUGAUGUCGUCGCAGGGGAGCGGCACCACGCUGCGAGGCAAUGCCCUGCUGAUCAAGACGGCCAAGGACAUGUGGGCUACGGGGCCCGCCCGCACCUACUACCGUGGCCUCACUGCCGGCCUGAUUGGCGUGUUUCCCUAUUCGGCCAUCGACAUGUCGACCUUUGAAGGCAUCAAGCUCUUCUACAUCAAGUACACGGGCAAGGAGGAGCCGGGCGUGCUGGCGCUGCUCAGCUUCGGCAGCGUCAGCGGCAGCGUCGGUGCCACCACCGUCUAUCCGCUCAACCUGGUACGGAUCCGCCUCCAAGCGUCGGGGACACCCGCCCAUCCGACCGUGUACAAGGGGUUCAUGGACGCGGUCCGCAAAACGUACGCCAACGAGGGCUUUGUCGGCUUCUACCGCGGUCUCGUGCCCACCCUGGCCAAGGUCGUCCCUGCUGUCUCGAUCAGCUACGUCGUCUACGAGCAGAGCAAGCGACGCCUCGGCGUGCAGUGA